AUGGCCGACGCGGUAGACAACCUCUUCGUCACUUACCACCCAACUAACAAGUAUAUCAACGUUAGUGGCCUGUCGUUGGCGUAUGGAAACAAUUACUUCAACGAGACACUCGGCGCUCAUAGCAUCAACGUCUCUAUGGAUGCCGUGCAAUCGAGACAUGGUGUAUCUACGUCGAAUGAGGCCAUUGUGGGAUGGAACUCUCUCAGAAACUAUGAACUGAUCGACGGAAUGCGCAAGACUUUCAGCGGGCCAGUCAUCAAUCUCGAAAAUCACUACGAAACAGGCCAUGUCCCUUUCAAACCCGAGCUGGGGGUGUGGAAUAGUAGUGAUGUCAGACGCCGGCUCUGGAACGGCUUCUUUGCAGGUAGCACAGGAGUCAUAUAUGGUGCUGUCUCUGCGUGGCAGCUCUACGAUUCUCCUUGGCUGCUAGAUAAAGAGCGGCUGCAUAUUGCCCGGCAAACCAGCUUAAAUUACAUCGCUUUUUGA